CACAAGCGCCACCUAAGAAAAAUUAAGUAUGGAAAGUGUGAAGAAAUGAACUUUGAAAAUGAUGUAGGGUCACUACAGCAUAUUGCGGCUAUGGAAUUACGCUAUCAGAAUAUAAUGAAUUUUAUAAGAAGACCAGGUGCUUUAGGAAACCAAGAUUUCAGGAAUUUUCAAGAUUUGAGGAGACUACGAGAAUUAAUAAACCGUCAAGAGGUCGCCCAACAGGUCAAUCAACCACGGAAUGAGAGGAUUAAUAUUGAUAGUGAUAUUUUAAGUUACCAAGUAAAUGAACACAACAAAGUGGGCCUCUAUGUCACAGCUGAUCCUCUUACAUCUGAUAAUUAUUAUUUUGAAAUAGAAAUUUUAGAUUUAGGUCAAAUUGGAGCAAUAGGUGUUGGACUGGUUCCCAGAGGUUAUCAUUUAGAUGCUCAGCCAGGAUGGAGAGCAAUGUCAGUAGGCUAUCAUGCUGAUGAUGGCAAAUUAUUUAAAUCAGAGGGAUUUGGCAAACCAUUUGGGCCAGUCUCCCAGGUGGGAGAUAAGUUAGGGUGUGGUAUAAAGUUCUGUAAAGAUGACGACGGAGAAACACCACAGCAAGUCAAAGUUUUCUUCACACACAAUAGGAAAGAGGUUGGUAUAGUGAUGGUACAAUAUCCUCCAGGUGGAUUAUUUCCUGCUGUGGGGAUGCAUUCAGAAGGUGAAGAGGUCAAACUUAACUUAGAUGCAGAAUGGCAUUACAACGAAUUAGUUUUAAUGGCAGUUGAUAGUGGUGAAGAUGAGUGGUCACGGUUACACGAUGUCAAAUUAAAUGGAUCAUUGUUGGAAUAUAAUGGUCGAGGAAAGAGUAUACAUGAUGUUGGACUUGCUCAAGCUAGAUUUCCUCUAGAUACAACAAAUCAUUACUUUGAAAUAGAAAUUGUAGAUCCUGGAGAAAACUGCUAUAUAGCAAUAGGAGUAGCUAAGAAGACAUAUCCAAAGAAUCGACAUCCAGGUUGGAAUAAAGGCUCAAUAGCAUAUCAUGCAGAUGAUGGGAAGAUUUUCAAUGGUUCAGGAAUAGGUGAUCACUUUGGUCCAAGAUGUAAUAAAGGAGAUGUUAUGGGAUGUGGCAUCCUAUUUCCACCAGACUACGAUAGUGAGGCGGAUAGCGACCUCUCACCAGAUGACCCAGAUGUAUAUAACGAUGUCCUGGCAGAUGAGAAUUAUUCUGAUGAUGAUGAUGAUGACCUCUAUGAUGAAGUUGAAGGUCGUCCUGUCAAUGGACAACCACCUGAGGAUGGGACACUUGUUUGUGUUUUCUUUACAUGUAAUGGAAAGAUAAUAGGAAAGAAACCAGUCUGUAUACCAAAGGGAGGAUUCUAUCCAACUGUAGGAAUGUUAAGUAACUGUGAAAAGGUGGCUGUAGAUUUCAGACCACUUACUGGUUGACAUCUCGUUUGUUUGAUUACGAUUUAAAAAAAAAAUUGAAGUUCUACCAGUGACUCCUGUAAAAUUUGGAAAUCUACAUUUUGUUGAUCAUGGAAUGUAAAUUAAGGUUCAGGUUUUCUUGUAUAAUUAUAUGUUUGUUUUUUGAAAUUGUUAGUCUGACCAAUACUUGGAAAUAGAUUUUUUCCCCCUAACACAAUGUGCAUUAUAUACAUACAAUAAGAUGGGACAGCUGCUAACUGAAAUGCCAGCAAAACAAAUAACCACAAAAUUAUAUGGAAAUAUGAUUUCUGCUGUCUGUCUAUGAGAGAAAUUAUUAUUUGUAGCAAAAUAUCUAUUUAGAUAAAGCAGUUGCUCAAAUCUAAAUAUUGAUGACUAAGAUCUCAAAAUGAGGUAUUUUGGCAGUUUUUGCUUUUUCGCAUCAAAUGUCAGAAGUUUAAAGCCCUAAUGCAAAUAUGUAUGACAUUAUUCAAAAAUAAAAAAUAAUGAUGUCCAACAGACAAAAGUCUCAUGAACAUCCUUUAUUUGAUAGAUUUGUAACACUUUUUUGAUUUUCGAAUUCAAGACCUUCUUCAUUCUCACAAAAUUCUGGGAUAAGAUUUUUUGUAAUAUAUAUAGCUAAAUUCUCAUUCCAUCUAAAAAAAAAUUAGCAUAUGUAAAAUGUCAGAUUUGAUUGACCAUGCCAAUGUGACAUUCUAAUGAUUAUGUAAAGUGUUUAUUACUGCCCUUCAAGUCUUAUUAUUUUUGUAGAUAAGUUGAAGGAAAUGGACUGUCAUUGUGUUAUUGUUUUUUUUUUUUAAAUAUGUGUUUUUUAAACUCAAAUUCAUUACAUUGUGUAUAUGCUACUAGUAUGAAAGUAUUUCUGAUAAUAAAGCAAUGAUUUGUAAAUGUAUAUAUGUGUAAUGAGAGAGGCUAAAGUAGAGAUUAAAUUGUGUGUUAGAGAUUGUUUUAUGUUUAUUUGUAUAAGUGUGCAUUGAUGAGCCAUUUGGUAAAUAAAAAAAAGGACUAAUUUUUUUUUUUUUUGACCAUAUAUAAUAGAUAAAUUGUUUAGAAGAAAGUCCCACCACCCAUUUACCAUUGUUUAAAAAUUAAAUAAACAGUAGAUUUCCUCAUGUUUGGUACAGCUUACCUACUAAAAAUAUUUUAUCGUCACCUUUUUAAUUGUCAAUUCUGACCAUUGAUUUAUAUAUUUUUCUUAAUUUCAAUU